AUGAAUAGAAUUGGAUUUGGAUUGUUAUGUAUAAUGUUGGUGACAGCCAGCAGCAAUGUGAUGUUACAGACAGCAGAUCAUAGUGCAUUCAGUGAAGUGUUUAAAACUUAUUCAAAAUAAAGUGAAUUCGGAGGUAGAUUAUUUGGAGAGUUAUUGGUGAUGGUUCAGAAGGGUGAAACAUUGUAAAGUCUAAAUGAUCACGUUGAAGAGUUGAGAAAGCAUUUGUCAGAUGAUGAAUCAGAAGAUGAGAAAUAUUUCAAUGAAAAAUAACAGGAAAUGGAGGCUUCAUUUUCUGGCUUGGCAACUGAAGUUGAAGAGUUAAGAGUCUCAGUAGAACAAGCAGCAAGUAAAAUUCAAGUGUUGAAUAAAUAAUAAACUAUCAUUGAUGGGUUAUUUGCAAAUGAUCAACAAGCAUAUUAAAAGAGAGUCGGUGAUCAAAAUGCUAUUUUGGAUGUCAUAGGAUAAUUGAGGAGGACACAGUUUGAUUGA